CGGCCGCUGAUGCCCCACUCGGAUUGGUGAUAAGGAAGGCGCAUGGGCGGCCGGCCCCCGCCCCCGCCUCUCGACCGAGGAAGGAACUCCGGUGCAGCAUUCAAAUAACUGGCAGGCGAGGAACUUGUUGAUGAAAUUCAAAUAUCCAGUCUUCCUUAUUUUCUUUUCUUUCCUCAGAGUAUCUUCUUGUUAAGACACAGCUUCAGAGUGUCGACGAAUUCACCGCCGUCUUGUCUCCACUGCGCCGUCGCCCGGGCAACCUUAUUUGUAUACAACAACCCCUAAACUUGUAUCAUCGUGAUCACCACAACAGGACAUAACCAGCGGGAAAAAAUGACCACAGAACAUUUGCUAUGGAUUGGUGGCUCUGAGAGGGCAGGAAAUGGAGAGUUGAUCCCCGUGGAGAACCCAGCAACAGGCGAGAUCAUUGCACACUGCCACUCCGCUUCACAAGAGGAUGUCGUCUCCGCCGUCGAGCUCGCCCACGCCACCUACAAGUCCGGCGUCUGGUCCCGUGCUCCCCGUCAUGUCCGCGCGGAGGUCCUCGAACGAGCCGCCAGCCUCUUCGAAACCCACCUCGCCGCCCUCAUCGAGAUCGAAGUAGAGCAAACAGGUCGAGCAAUUCGUGAGAUGAACGCCCAAGUCCCUUCCCUCGUUAAAUGGUUCCGGUACUACGCCGCCUUGCUCCGUACCGGAGAACGCUCCGUGCUUCCUACUGUCGGCAAACUACACAACUUCCUCGACCGUCGACCGCUGGGUGUGGUCGUGCAAAUUACCCCCUUCAACCACCCUCUCUUGAUUGCUGUCAAGAAGCUUGCUCCGGCUUUGGCGGCAGGUAACUCGGUGCUGCUGAAGCCAAGUGAGCUGACCCCCAUUACAUCACUGAUGCUGGGGAAGAUUAUGAAGGAGGCGGGUCUGCCAGACGGAGUCCUGAGUGUGCUUCCCGGGUACGGUGCUACUACUGGGAAGGCGCUUGUUGAACAUCCGCUUGUAAAGAAGGUGGAUGUCACGGGCGGGACGGCGGCGGGACGGGCCAUUGGUGAGAUCGUAGGGAGGAAUUUGGCCAAGUAUACGGCCGAGUUGGGUGGGAAGGCGCCGCUGGUUGUCUUUAAGGACGCAGACUUGGACGCAGCUGUCAACGGCAUCGCUUUUGGAGCUUUUAUUGCGAGUGGGCAGACGUGCGUGGCCGCUACGAGGAUCAUUGUUCACGAAUCGAUCUACGAUGGAGUGCUUCAAAGACUAAAAACCAGAGCUACCUCUAUCGAACGGCGGAUGGGCUCACCAAAGAAUCCCGAGUGUAUGAUGGGUCCACUGAUCUCAGAGCGGCAGCUGAAGAAUGUUGAGGAGCUAGUGGAUGAGGCGUACCUAUACCACGAGCGAAUCAUACAAGUAGGCGGAAACAGACUGGAGGGACAAAGUGAACUCGACGACACAGACUUUUCCAAGGGCUACUACUUCCCACCUACCAUCCUUGCGUAUAGUAAGCCAACAGACAGGAGCAUUCUCAACGCAAGGAUCUGGCGCGAGGAGGCAUUUGGGCCGGUUGUUGUGGUAGUCGGAUUCAGCACUGAAGAGGAAGCCAUUGAGCUCGCCAAUGACAGCGAGUUCGGACUUGGUGCAGCGAUAUGGACUCGCGAUCUGGCGCAGGCUUUCCGCGUGUCUGAGCAGAUCGACGCAGGUAUUGUCUGGGUCAACACUCACCAUCGCAACGAUCCUAGCAGUCCUUGGGGAGGAGCCAAAAGCCAGAGUGGUGUGGGAAGUGAAAACGGCAUCGAUGCGUACCAUGCGUAUACUACGACCAAGAGCACGAUCAUCAACUAUGCUUCUGCGGAGGAGAUGGCAGCGGAAGACUGGUUCAAGGAGGGCGCAGGGAAUGUGAGAUAUGGUUGAAAGCGGCCUACUGGCACUUCAGAUUCCUUCGGGACUGCCUUCUUCACUUUCUUCAGAAUACCAAUCACACACAGACUAAGUCCCGGUCAACUUUUCUAAAUGACGUGCCUGCCCUUCUUCAAUAAGCAAACUCCCGUCCCCAGAUAUCCCAAAUCAAAUCAUAAACCGCCUUCGGGCUCGGCUCAUACGAGUUCCAGCCCCUCGCAUACAACACGCUCCUCACGUACGGAUCCCGAAUGGUCAACGACAAAAUAAACUUGGCCUGCGCCCUUCCCCGUCGCCAACACUCGUGCAGCCACACGUCCUCGGUCCAGUCGGGCUCCGGGAACUCGUACUCGAUGAACAUGAGCAGGUUGUCCGCUGCGAGAAAGUCGCGGAGCGUGGUGUACCAGAGCUCGAAGUUGAUGGAGUCGGUGCCGGUGAGGGGGACGAGGGUGGA